AUGUUUGCCAUGGACACACCCAUGGCUCAACACAACAGACUGAAUGCAUUCAUAUUAUUGGCAAUUGUGGCCACAAAUUGCUUGCUACUAACCUAUGCCUAUCCCCAGAAUGAAGUUUACCAAAGACGUUUGAUUACAAGCCGAACUCAGCAACAACAACAGCAAUCGCCUGUCUAUAAUCCAGCCGUGGAAACAGCUCGCAAAUAUGCCGUCAAACCAAAUGCCUCCAAGAAAGUUGCCUUAGACGCUGUGGAAGAUGAAAUCGAAGGCAAUCAAAUACAGGAAGCCCCCAAUGGUUUCUCAUGGUCGAAUAUGUUGUCCACCGUCUUGACAAUGUUCUUUAAUGGUGGUGCUAAUGCACCCACAAAAUCGGAUGAUGUUGAUGGCGGUUUUGGUGGUUCGCCAUGGGCUAAUGUUAUUUCAAUGGGUUUGAAAAUCAUCAACACUUUGUUGGGCGGUGGUGCUCCCAGCGAUGGCAUUGACAAAGUUGACAAUGGCGGCUCCCCAAUGCAGGGCAUCUUGGCGGCAGUGCUAUCAACUGUACUUGGUACAAAAGAUCCAGAACAAGUCAACUCAAUGGCCAAACAAGCUGGAGAGUUUAUACAAAUUGUUAUGAAUUUGUUGGAUGCCUUGAAGACGUCGUUCUCACACCGUUCAUUGUCGGCCAGGUCAAUGGGUAAACGUGAUUCCGUUAGCGAUGCUGCCGUGGCCAGUAUUUCCAUGUUGAAGGGUUAUGUGCGCACCUAUCGCAAUGCUGAUAAUAAGUGUUUGCAGCGUUAUAUGUGUGAGGCCAACACGGAAUGUACCCGGGAGAUUGGAGGCAGCAGCAUUUUCUGUCAAUUGGGAUCCUAUGCCACCAGCUAUCUAUUGGACCGCACAAGUGAUGGCAGUUUUGAACAAAUCUAUGAUGCUGGCCGCAGAGGGCGUUCCGGCUUUGAUUGCUCACAAUUGUAUUUGGAAUGCAAUGAAGUUUAAGUCACACACACACUCACACCAU